CGCAAACCCAAUGUGUAGACAGCCGCCAGCAUGCCCUCCCUGAGGCCAGGCAUGCCCGUUCGACCUCUAUUUUAACAGAAUCUUUCUGGAGCGUUGACUGCAGGGAGUGAGGGCAGAAGCAAGGGAGCUGGUUAGAAGGCUGGUGCUGUAAUCUGAGUGAGAGAUGAAGGACUGGACCAAGGAUAGCCCCCAGGAGGUGGUGGCCUCUAAGGGUCCUGCCUGCCUUGGUGGGCCUGGCCAGAGUGCUGCUUGGUGCUGACCGAGGUGCUGACAGAAGGGCAGAGGGUGCCUGGAAGAGCAGACCCUCACGACUGCAAGUGGGAGCCCCAGGCCCAGGACCGAAAGGUGCCCCUUCCUGGAGAGUGGCCAGGCCUGCGCCGAAGUGUUCGUGGUAGGCGGGAAGCCUGACCCGUGCACAUCCCUAACCAGCGUUAUUGUCGCUGAGCCCAGGACCUGGGGUGCAGCUAGAAGUGCCUGAGGCCAGCUGUUCCUGGGCCCUUACACACACACACACCCAGAGGUGCUGGGACUGCCAGGACUGCUGGGACUGAACCAUGCAGCCUGGCAAAGAACAUCCCAGAUGUGCCUGGAUCCCAGAUGGGUUGGGCUCACGAAGACUUCCCAGCAUCGCUACUGUUAGCUCUCUGAGGGCUUCAGUCCAUCCUAUCUCUCUCUGGGUCUCAGUUUCUCCAUGUGGACAAUUGGAUGGUCCCUGUUACCCAGCCAAACUCUUUGGAAAGAGUCAGAUGCAGGCCCUAGGCUCUGGGUCAGAGAGUGGAUGGGGCUGGGCAGAGGCUAAGUACUCAGCAUGAGGGCAGCUGGGGUGCCUAUGGUAGGUGGACAGUAGAACUCAGAGCCAGCGCCAUCCCUUGCUGCUCCAUGUGCACCCUCGACCAGCAUCUCACUCCACUCGGGUGGGAGAGCUCGGUCGGUGGGCACGCUUCUGGGCUGCUCUGAUGUGCCAGCUUCUCUGUCAGGAACUGCGGGUAUAGCUGUGCACAGGAUAGACCAGGUUUCUGCUUCUCAGAGGGGGACAGACAGUAAGCCAGCCUGGUAUGACCAUUUCAGCGGGUUGAAUCCUUGAGGCUUGGAAGACAGGGCUUCACGUUUGAGGGUGACUGAGAGGGGUCCCUCCAGCUAUGGUGGUUAGGGAAGACCUCUCUGCAGAGGGUACAUUGAGUUGAAAAUGAUGAGAAGGAGGUACCUACCAAAAGCUGAGGAAGAGUGUCACGCCAGAGGAGGUCAUGCAGGGGCCCUGAGGGAAGGACAGCGUGGAGGCUGGCAUGCAGGAGCAGGAGAUGAGGUCGGAGAUAAUGGGGUGCAGCUUGUAGUGUCAUUAGGAGCCUGGCUCCACCCUGCGUGGAGAGGGGAGCUCGGCCGGUUGUGCAGAGAGCAGAGUCAGCCUGGUUUGACUGUGGGUGUUGAGACAGGACUGAAGGUGGCCAGUCUGGUGGCUUUCGCAGAGCCAGGAGGGAGGGGCCCAGGGACCGGCAGUGGCUCCGUGUCCCACGCCAUCAUCCGCACCAUUGCGCCCACGGGCCACCUGCACACGGUGGAGUUCCACCAGCAGCGGGCGGAGAAGGCGCGGGAGGAGUUCCAGGAGCACCGCGUGGGCCGCUGGGUGACUGUGCGCAAUCAGGACGUGUGCCGAAGCGGCUUCGGCGUGAGCCACGUGGCGGACGCUGUCUUCCUGGACAUCCCGUCCCCUUGGGAGGCUGUGGGCCACGCCUGGGAUGCUCUCAAGGUCGAAGGUGGGCGCUUCUGCUCCUUCUCGCCCUGCAUAGAGCAGGUGCAGCGCACGUGCCAGGCGCUGGUAGCCGGAGGCUUCUCAGAGCUCAGCACCUUGGAGGUGCUGCCCCAAGUGUACAACGUGCGCACCGUCAGCCUGCCCGCACCGGACCUGGGAGCCAGCCCCGGCCCUGACGCCUGCCCCUUCCGCAGCGGCACACCCAUGAAGGAGGCCGUGGGCCACACUGGCUACCUGACCUUCGCCACCAAGAGCCCAGGCUAGUGGGCUGCCCGCCAGAGCCUCGGGGAGCUGGGAGCACGGCGGGCCCAGGCAGGAAGGCACAGUCUGCUGUGGGCGCCUUAUAUGGUCAGCGGACGCCUGCUGGGCCUGUGUUUAGACAGAUGGUGGGGUGGAGCCGGGGGGCCUCCUGGGUGGCCAAAAGGGGAGGCCAGCCCCAGGCCUCAGUCCCAAGAGGGAGGCCUCCACCCAGUCCCUGCCGUGCUCAGUGUCCCAGUCCUGCUGUUGCUCACUGCCACAUGAAGUCCUCACUGUCAUAGGCUCUUCUGAAUGUGAGGCCCAGGGGUGCAGGUGGUGGGGCCCAGGUCUCACUUCUUUCCAGGUGGCCCCAAGCAGGGAGGGAGGUGAGGGGUGCAAAGACUCAGGGAGGAGGACUGGGGGCUCAGUGGCGCAGAUAGGCCCCCUCUUGAGAGCCCUGCCCUGUCCUGGCCUCUCUGCCCACCCUUCCCAGAGGCGAGGGAGAGGCAACCCAGCUGUGUGGCCUCCAGCCUGACCCCUCCCCCUUGGCGCUGCACCUCCUCUCCUGCUGAAGGGGCAGCCCUGCCAACCUGCCUUCUUUUCCUACCCCUGGGAAGUGCCUUCCGCUGUUGUCAAUAAGUGAGAACACACAGCAUCACUGAGGAGCCCCAGGAGAAUGGUGAUGGGCCUCGAGCGACCCAGCCAGUUCGUGUUGGAGCCCCAGCUGUUCUACCCCAGCUUCUCAGGCACUCUCGCCCCUUGCAGGAGCCCUGGGGUUGCCAGGGGGCGUGCAUCCAGAUGGAGGGCAGGACACCAGGGCUAGGGGCACAUGUCACCUGCCCUGGCCUCCAGCUCUGUGCUGUGUGGCUGGUGUCCCCGCCUGCCACUGUACACACAGGGCCUGGAUGUCUGCCCUCGACCUCACCUUUCCCAUGUUGGGGCCAGAGCCCCAGGGUACUGGGCUGGCACGGAGCCCCUGACCACGCCUGGCGGAGAAAUAAACACGCUUGCCCCCA